ACCCGAGCCAGUACAGGCAAGAGUGCCCCGUGUGUCAGAAGCCAGCAACACUCCAAAACAUGAUAGCAGAAUGCAGGUUUAGCCAACAACACCCACCACUCCUCCCCAAUCUUAAACCCAACAUGAUCCCACCCCCCAUCCAACCUCUUAGAGAGCGAUGGAAGGUAUUGCUAUCCAGUCCCGCCCUGGAAGACCAGCUUCAGCUCGUUACCAGGGGCGAGGCGGCGAGAGCAUCACAUAGAUUCCGGCGCAUGCGCCGAAAAAGCUCCCUAAACAAAAAUUUCAUUCAUUCUAUAAGUAGAAUAUUUCGCGCAUGAAAUGAAAUAUGGGAAAAGAUUAGUUCUGCGAUGGCUUACGGACGGCAGUAUGCAAUUACAGGUCCAUGCAACAGAAUGUAAUCCUCUUCCAAUAAGUUGAAAUAUGUUCCAGUGUCAGGAAAGGAUGUCUAAACAGAUUUAGCGUAGGUAAUAUAAUUUUAUGUUAAACAGACUUCCUGGUGUUCAAAAAUCCCAAAAAGAUACAGCACAGUGUCCUUAUGCCUUACGAGACCUUACUAGAAUGUGGCUGUUUUACCUUAAGUAAUAAAGCAUGACGCCUUAAUCAUCUGCAUCACUAAAAUAUCCCCCAUUCAAGCUGCAAAGUUAAUAUGAUGGCUUUAUGUAAUGCGUGUUUUUAAGGGAACAACAAGACUGAUGUGAUGAAAAUUUAUUCGUCACAUGAUUCACUAAGCUGAAGCUGUUUAUCUUAUGCAAGUAAUGACAAAACAUCGCGAAACGUUUGAAAACACAUCUUCACUCGACUCCAUCUGCUCCCUGCAGGAAACAAGGCGCUGCACGCGCUUACGUCAGAAGAUGAGGCAAUGGCCCUGCGUGUCGUGCUGAGUAACCGGACUGGAGAGAGCGCAUUCGUGGACUACGAAAGCUUUCGUGUUGAGAACGAAGAGAACCUCUUCAAGAUGCGACUCGGAAAGCUGCUGGGACCAGAAGGGUGGGACGCACUCUCGGACGGCAACGAUCAGAAUUUCUCCACCUUCGAAAAGGACAAUGAUGGCGCGCUGUCCGCACAUUGCGCCUACCGGUACCGCGGUGGUUGGUGGUACAACAACUGUCACCUCGCCAACCUGAAUGGCCUGAAUCUGAACGGACCGCACGACAGCUACGCCGAUGGCAUCGAGUGGGGCGUUCGGGGAUACCCCACCAGCCUUUACCAUUAUUCGUUCCCCAGCGUGCGUAUGAUGAUACGACCGGCUGGAUCGCUGUUGGACCGUCGAAGCAAGCUGGAUUCUCCACUUCCCGCGUGACCACGGCAGCAGUAUCGGGCCAAUAAAUGUCAAUUACGUUGCGAGAAAGUCAAGCAAGAAAUAAAUCAAGAACCGGCGAAUGAAACCUGUG